GGGGAGGGUGUAACAAAAAAGUGGAUAAGGAUGAAAAAUAAAAGGGAAUUCGAAAAGCUCUCCGUUAUUUAGAGUGGGGCCCGAGUGCGUGCGUCAGUUGUACGCAUCCUUUAUUUAGAAAAACAAAAUUAGGGAGGCAAAGGUAACCCUUGAGUAUCAGUAGAGCUAAAUUUCCAUCUUCCUUGUUCCUCCCUUUCAACGAAUCAGCCAAAAAAAAGGAUCGGAACGAUGUCGGACGAAGAGCACCAUUUCGAAUCAAAGGCGGAUGCCGGUGCUUCUAAGACGUACCCUCAACAAGCUGGUACUAUUCGUAAGAAUGGUCACAUCGUCAUCAAAAAUCGCCCCUGCAAGGUGGUUGAAGUUUCCACUUCCAAGACAGGCAAACAUGGUCAUGCUAAAUGCCACUUUGUGGCGAUUGACAUCUUCACUGGAAAGAAGCUUGAGGAUAUUGUUCCCUCUUCUCACAACUGUGACGUUCCUCAUGUGAAUAGAACUGACUAUCAGCUUAUUGAUAUCUCUGAGGAUGGGUUUGUGAGUCUGUUGACUGAAAAUGGUAACACCAAGGAUGACCUGAGGCUCCCAACUGAUGAUACUCUUCUGGCUCAGGUCAAAGAUGGUUUUGCUGAGGGGAAGGACCUGGUUCUGUCAGUGAUGUCUGCCAUGGGGGAGGAGCAGAUCUGUGGUAUCAAGGAUAUUGGUCCCAAGUAGCUGAAGGUGGUAGUGGUGUUAUGUUACAGAGUUCCAAAAAAUGAUGUAGUAUGUAGCAAGUACCAAAACUUCUUUACUCUUUCUUGCGUUUGCAGUUGUUCCGGAUAACUGCUAUUCAACUAUAUAUGCUGUGACUGGAUUCUUGUACUCACUACGUAUUUCCUGUAUCAGAGAUAUUGCUACUCCUUUCUGA